CUUGUCUUUCUCUGAUCUGCAUCAAUGGUGACUUCUACUUCUGUGAUCGCCGUGGGUCUUGUCUGGGCGGCGCUGGCCAGUGCGAGCCCCGCUGACCCGCUGGUGACCCCCGCCCCCAAGCUCGACGAUCUCGACAAACGGGCCACCACUUGCACCUUUUCCGGCUCCGAGGGGGCUUCCUCGGCCAGCAAGUCCAAGACUUCAUGCUCCACGAUCGUUCUAUCCGACGUGGCAGUCCCGUCGGGCACCACGCUGGACCUGACGGACUUGAACGAAGGCACCCAUGUCAUCUUCGAAGGCGAAACCACCUUCGGGUACGAAGAAUGGGACGGCCCUCUGGUCUCCGUCUCGGGGACUGACAUCACCGUGACCGGCGCCGACGGGGCCUAUCUCAACGGCGACGGCAGUCGGUGGUGGGACGACGAGGGCAGUAACGGCGGCAAGACGAAGCCCAAGUUCUUCUACGCGCAUAACCUGAUCGACUCGACGAUCAGCGGGAUCUACAUCCAGAACUCACCGGUGCAGGUCUUCAGCAUCGACGACUCGAGCUAUCUCACCCUGGAGGAUAUCACGAUCGAUGACUCGGAUGGGGAUGACGCGGGGGCUGCGAAUACCGAUGGGUUUGACAUCGGGUCCAGCACGUACAUCACCAUCACGGGCGCGAAUGUGUAUAAUCAGGAUGAUUGCGUGGCGGUAAAUUCGGGCGAGAAUAUUUACUUUUCGGGCGGCGUUUGCUCGGGGGGUCAUGGGUUGUCGAUUGGGUCGGUGGGGGGUCGGGAUGAUAAUACGGUGAAGAAUGUGACGUUUUAUAAUUCGGAGAUUAAGAGUUCGCAGAAUGGAGUCCGAAUCAAGACCAUCUACGGGGAUACCGGGUCUGUGAGUGACAUUACCUACGAGAAGAUCACCCUGUCCGAGAUUACCGAUUAUGGCAUUGUGGUGGAGCAGAAUUAUGAUGAUACCAGCGAAUCGCCGACCGAUGGAGUUACCAUUGAGAACUUCAUCCUGGAUGAGGUCGAGGGAACCGUGGAGAGCUCGGGAACCAAUAUCUACAUUGUGUGUGGAUCGGAUAGCUGUACGGAUUGGACCUGGACGGGCGUGGAUGUGACUGGGGGGAAGACCAGCUCGGAUUGUGAGAAUGUGCCGGAUGAUAUCAGUUGUUGAUGCAGAUACCAUAUAUCGGAGAGAUGGUGAGAGAUGGUGAGAGAUGGUGAGAGAUGAUGAGAGAUGAAGAUGAUGAAGAGAAUGUAGAUACUGCACUCACGCCAGGCACAUCAUCGGCAGAACAUAGUUCGAUUGACUGUCACAAGGGAUCGUGGUAUGCAGCAUGGUGGGCUGAUCACUGUUGCCCCUUUUGGAUUGGAGGCCCAAGUGUUGGUAGAAGAAUUCCAUUGGUG